AUUUAUGACCGCCCGUUCGAGCGCAGCACUAACGCCGGAGCAUCGCGAGCAUGAGACGUGUUCGUAGUCGCUCUAUUUACUAGUGCGUACUUAAUCAUGCUACGUUAUGAAAAUUAAGUGAAUGUGGAAAACUAUUAUACUCUUGAAUAAUUCCAUCAUAUAUUGGUAAUUCUAUUCAUUGAUAGACCUUUUCAGUGGGCAGUUUACUAUUUACAGAUUAUAAAAAUGCAUGCUAUUGUACUGACUACAGGAGUAUGUGCCAUCAAGGCACUUUUGCCAGCUUUAUUUGGUUGGAUAUUGCCCAAAAUCUACAAAGAAACAAGUGGCGAGCAAUCACUUCGCAGGCAAGAAUACGAAAUGAAAAGAACUUUAGAUGGGCUCUCUAUGAUAGAUGAAUUUGCUAAGUAUGCAAAAUUGCAACGUCAACUUAAUAAAGUCCAAGAACAAUUAACAGAAGCUAGAAGUAUUCGUAUGUCACAUUAUUUAAAAGUGAAGCUAACCCUGAAAUAUGUCGUACAAGUAAUUUAUGCACUUAUUCUUUUAAUUAUUAUUUGGAAUUACAAAUACACACCAGCAAUUAUUUUGCCUUCAGAGUGGACAGUACCUUUUGGAUCAAUUGCGAGUUGGCCCACUGAAAUAGCUGGUGGCAUUAGUAUUUCUGUUUGGCUAUUCCUGUUGGAAUCAUCUUCAAGAUUGGUAAUGUCUAAAUUGUCUUUAAGUGAUUACUCAAUAAAAUAAUUGAAGAAUUUUAUUGUAUUUUUUUUGUUUGAAUUGAUUUCCUUAACCACAAUCCUUUAAAAUUC